UCGUGCUUUCUGUAUUUUGACUUACCUUUCAAAAUUAAAUGUAAAUUCUGCAUACGUAUUUGGCAAAAAAAAAUCGACACGCUGUCACAAUGUCUAGUAUGAAGCAAGAGAGGUCAUCAGAAAAAUUGAGCAGGACAUCGAAACAAACUACCGAUUUUUCAAAAGUUGGUGGUUUGGCAAAUCAUAUCAAAAUUUUACGUGACACGAUAAUAGUGCCCUUACUGCACAACAACGUUUAUUCGCACUUCAACAUUAAAACACCUCGCGGUAUUCUCUUCUAUGGACCUCCAGGCACAGGCAAAACUUUGGUCGCUGGCGCUCUUGCAACAGAACUCAACAAAGAGGGAUUUGGUAAAGUAAGUUUCUAUCAAAGAAAAGGAGCCGAUGUUUUAGACAAGUGGGUCGGCGAGUCAGAAAAGAAACUUAGAGCGUUAUUUGAAAAUGCUUCAAAACACAGGCCCUCUAUUAUAUUUUUCGAUGAAUUAGACGGAUUGGCUCCUAUUCGUUCAGUUAAAAACGAUCAUGUCCACUGCAGCAUCGUCACCACGCUUUUGGCCCUAAUGGACGGCCUUGACAGUGUCCCAGGAGUCAUAGUUAUAGGUGCAACAAACCGAAUUGAGAGUGUGGACCCAGCUUUGCGUCGUCCGGGGCGUUUUGACCGAGAAUUAUAUUUCCCUUUGCCUUCCACUGAAGCCAGGAAGGAAAUCUUGCAAGUCCACAUGCAGACUUGGAGACACCGACCUUCCAAUCAAUUCAUUUCAGAAUUGGCCGAAAUGACCACCGGUUUUUGCGGCUCUGAUUUGCAGGCACUCUGUGCCGAGGCUCUGCUAUGUGCCAUGAAAAGACAACAUCCGAAUAUACAAAAAUGUCUCCUUGGCACUCGUGUCAAAAUUGAGGCAGGAGAAAUUAGGAUAGACGACUGUGAUUUUAUCAAUGCUCGCAAAAACUUAAUCCCAUCGUCGCAUAAAAUGGGAAUUAAAAUGAGGAAAUUAAGUCCCGUGAUUGCGCCAUUGCUGCAGAAACAGCUUGAUAUGGUUUUGUCAAGGGUGAAGAUGUUGUGGCCUCAUUUUUCUAUGCAAUUUUACAAAUAUUUGAUAGGAAAUGAACGUUAUGUUGGAAGGGUUGUUUUGGUUGGGUCAAACUUGCAAGGAUUAAAUGCGCAUUUAGUUCCAGCGAUUUUACAACAUUAUGAACACUUACCAGCUACUUUUUUGGAUGCUGCAACAUUACAACAUCGAAAUCUUGUGGCAAAUUUUUGUAAAAAUUUACCUUCUAUUUUGGUAAUUCCCCGAGUGGACGAUUUGUGGUCAUUUUUGGAAGUUAACGAGCAAACUUACAUUGCGUCGCUUUUAGAAGAAAUCCACGCCGGUUUGCCAAUAUUAAUAAUAGCCACAUAUGAAGAAGAGUUGCCUUUAAUGUUACAGAAUUUCUUCUAUAACAACACCAGUGUGGUUAUUAAUAUUGAGAAUCCCUCAGACCAAGAAGUCGAGGAAUUUUUUAUUCCACUGUUUUUUGGGGAUUCGCCACACAGCUUAAACACAAUCUUAUCAAGUUGCAAACAAAACUGCAAAAGAAAAAGUAAUGAAACUUUAGAAACAUUAAAUAAAGGGAAAGUCCCGAGAUACGUCACUUCUGCAAAAGUAUACAAAUUAAAACCAUCAGGAAAAAUUACAAAGUCUCGUUCAAACAUAGCUUUAAAAAAAACUUUGAGGCUGAGCCCAGAUAAAGAUCUCAUUCGUUGUCCUUCCAAACAUUUCGAUGAACUUCGAUCAGUUAACACCGAAAGUUUGUGUACUUUAUGUGGAAGUACAGAAAAGAAGAAGCGUCUAUCUCUGAUUCUGACGGAUUUGUUGCAACGAAGUAUUCGAUACUUUUACAGACGCAGGUCACUACACGAACGAACCAGCAGUCACCGAAAUAUCAGUCUUAUGCAAAAUUAUGGCGAUUCUUCCGAUGUUGAUAAACAAAAAAUUUAUAGUUUAUGGCGACGCACUGUUUUGAAAACAGCCAAAGACAUGCCUUUGGCACAUUUGGAAGUCUUGUACGACACCAUAUCGGCCUGCAUUAGCAUUCACAAGGACGAUUUUCAAAAUUUAAUUAAGAGUUUGGAUGACACUCUUCUCGAAAUUGAGGCAACUAAGUAGAAAUUUUACUGUAUGUUUCCCGUGGAGGUCCUAGAGAUUAGUCUUUCGUGGGACAGUGCUUCAAGCAGACGGCGUCAAUUGUUUUGUCCAAGAAUUACGCUGUUAAGAAAUAAAUAAUAUUUUAGUUGAAA